AAUAUUGUUCGGAAUCCCCAUCACUGCGUCUGUAAUUACGCCAUCCAUGGAAUAGUCUGUUCUAGAUUUUACCCUUUUUGUCAUUUAAUGUGAAUCAUAUUUCUCUUCCUAUUGUAAAUGUUUUUAAUAUAGGCAUGGUAAGGUGUGUACAUAAUGCUUUGGCAUGGGUUUCUGAACCAUAAAAAGUUAAACUUUAAUUUAAAGGAAACCAUGGUACUACUAGUAUUAUACUAUAGUAUUACUACUCGUAGUAGUAAUAGUUGAACUCAUCAAUUUAUAUAUAUAUAGUAGGACUAACGGGCCUAGGUCCAUUCUUAUUUGUACACGUAUAUUUUGCUCGUGUUGUUGCGUCAUCCUAAGAUAUAAUAAAGGACGUUAACAACCAUUUGCACUUCAUUACUGUUGUUAACUUGUUUAAUUUUACUUGAUAGUAUAAAAAAUUACGCAACCAGUUUAUGUAUUGUAUUAAAAUUAACAAAUAUAAAGGUGUGGAUUUUGCUGUCGUUGACUUUACUGUUUACAACUUACAAGUCGUAUUUUGAGAAACUCCGUUGUUCAGUGAGACUACAACGUACUACCCAUCUCGUGUUCAAAAUGAAUUUCUUUCCCGUAGAUAUAGGAAGGUUCACUUGGUGUUUCUUGAUUUUUGUUUCUUUUCUGUGGGUCACCAGUUUCUCAGCUCAAGGAUGGGGUAGUCAUAAAGUGAAACUCAAAGAUGUUGAAGUGUUAACACUUUACCAUGGGAAGAUGACCACUGGUCGACGAUCUCCACCUGUACCUCAAUUACAGUGUAUUGGUGGAUCAGCUGGUUGUUCAGCUUUUGUUCCUCAGGUUGUACAGUGUUACAACAAAGGCAGUGAUGGGAACUCUGUUCAAUGGGAAUGCAAGACAGAUAUGGACAGUUCUUUUAGGUUUGGAACAGUCGAGGUAGUUUGUGAAGGAUAUGAUUACCCAGACGAUCCAUAUAUUCUUGUAGGCUCUUGUGGACUGGAAUAUUCUAUUGAUCUUUCUGAAGAGGGCCUUCAGAAGAAAGGCAAACAAGGACAAUAUAACUAUGGAGGAUGGAACAGUCAUAAAGGCCAUUCCUACCAGCAAACUUAUAACGAGCUUCAUCAGCGAGGAGGUAUAAGUGAUAUUAUUUUAGUGAUCAUUAUUGGCAUAAUUAUUUACGCUAUCUACAGAACUUGUAUACAGACACAACAGUUUAGUUCAACCAAUGAUGAUUAUCCAGGUUACGAUAGCCGAAACUCGGGAGGUAAUGCAGGAUUAGGUGGAGGUUAUUCUUCUGCCCCACCACCACCAGGGUUCCGAUCUGAGUUCUAUACAGAUGCAAGUUGUGAACAAAAUACAAGAAGAUCUGCUGGUGGUGGUGGAGGUUUUUGGACAGGAGCUUUAACUGGUGGUCUACUGGGUUAUUUGUUUGGAAACAGAAAUCGAGGUUGGGCAGCAUCAGGCUACACACAUAGAGAAAGGCCAUCUUAUGGCUGGAGUGGUGGUGGUAGUGGUGAAUGGUUCAGUGGAGGAAGUGGAUUUGACUCAUCUGGCUCCAGCAGUACUCGUACAGCCUCAGGUUUUGGAGGAACAAGGAGGAGAUAGUGUUAAUAUCCACUUACAGACUUUUGGAGGUCUCAUUUUUGUCAGUAAGAAAAUUCAUUGUUCUUGAACAUAAUAUCAAGCAAGAUAUUCUUUAAUAUUUUGGGCAAAACAUUUCAUUGCAAAUAAAACUUGCAAUACUAGUUUUAUAUGAAUAAAAGAACAAGAUGAUGCAUUUUUUGAAAUAAGAUAUGAAAUUAAAAAAAAACUGGAUAACUUAUUUUCCUUUGAUUGCUCUGAUUCUCAUAAUCCUCUGUUGUAUGUAAAAUCUCAUUCACAUAUAUAUAUUUCAGAAGUAUGAUUUUUUUAAGGUUUACUUUAAGUAGGCUAAUUAUAAUUAUCAAAUAUUGUUAAAUGUGUGCAUAAAAGUAUGACAUAGUUGGUAAUACUUGUAUUCAGAUAGUAUUAGUUUCGACUUUAGUAUUGUAAAUGCAUAUUAAAUUUUAACCAAUAUUGAAUUUACUUAUUGUGAUGUAACGUCUUCUGUCAGUUUGUUAUAGUAUUUUUUAAUGCUUGAGUUUUUCUGUGCAGCUUUUGGUUUGCAUAUAAAUAUGAUGCAAAGAAUACAUAUUCAUAUGGGCUAAAAUCUUAUUCAUAAAGCAGUGUUGUACUAAUCUUUGGAACAAUAGUUUAUUUGCUUGAAAGUUCCACUCCCAUAGUAAUUGAAUAAUGAUAUUCAAAAC